CAACUUUUAAAUACACAGAUUAUGAUGAACUUGCCCCGAGUAUUAAUUGUCAGCACAAAGGAAGGAAAGGCUAAGGAAAUUGCAGAAAAUAUUGGAGCUGAACAAUUAUCUGAGGAGGACAAUGUUGUGAAUUAUAUGUGGGACAUUGAUAAUAAAUAUUACAUGGCACAAGUUUUGAUAUGUGCUACAGAAAGCUUAGCUUGCAAACUACCAGUGGAAGAAGUUAAUGCGUUGAUCUUUUAUCAUGAUCCACAGGCAGACAAAGUGGAUGAAGAACUUGAGCGUUUGGCUGCACUAUCUGCAUCUUUUACAACGGCAGAAAUACUUUUAUUUUCCUGCAGCGCGAUAUCUGACGCACUUCUGAGAGAUAAAAUAUUACAUUGGUGUUUGCACAAUAAAUUCGAAUUGGUUGAAUUAGAACAAACAGGAGAUCCGGAACCCGAUGCAGAAGGUAACAAAUAUGGUACUGAAAGGAUUAUAGAAGCUUUACAUGCUCAUACAUGGCCUAAUAUUAUACUUAAAGACAAACCAUGUGCAGAAGAAACAUUAGAAGUAAACGAAAUUGAAGAACAAUUUGAGAAUAUUCGAUUAACACGCGAUCCUUCAGAAAGACUACAUAUGCAGGACAUGUUGGAUGGUAUCAUGGGUGAGGAAAAUGCAGACUUUGGAGAAUUAUAUGGUCAAUUAAUGGCUAUGAAAGAACACGCAGCAUCCUUACCGACUAACGAAAGACGCAUAGUAGCGGAACAAGUAGUCACUGCUUUUUGGAAGGCAAUGGGAGGCGAUCUUCUUGAAAUCGAGGAUUAAUUUUACGACUUUUAAUUAUAUAUAUGUAUUUAUAUGUAUUUUAACAUACAUUGAAAGAUGUUUAUAUAUAUAUAUUGUGAGAUGUAAUAUAUUAAUUUUAUCAUCUUCAAAUAAAGUAAUCGGAAAUGGUAGAACUGAUUCUUAUAAAGAGAUUUAAGUAUUUUAUAAAUUUUAUUUUUAUAG